AUGGAAAAUCUAACGAGAGAACAGGAAGUAGCAUACCAUAGCGCGACGCACUGUCAUAUCUGCGAAGAGCCAUUCGCGCAAGACGAGACGCGAGUACGCGAUCAUUGCCAUCUGACCGGUCGGUACAGAGGUCCUGCGCAUUCAAAUUGUAAUCUAAAUUAUAAAGAGUCCUAUACUAUUCCGAUAGUAUUUCACAAUUUAUCCGGCUACGAUUCACAUUUUAUAAUCAAAGAAUUGGCUAGUAAUUUCAAGGGCACAAUUGAACUACUACCGAUUACAAAAGAAAAGUACAUUUCGUUUACCAAAAAUGUUAACGAGGCAGAUGCAGUAUUUCGGAACUACGUAAAAUUGCGCUUUAUUGAUUCGUUACGAUUUCUGAGUAGUAGUCUGGAUAAAUUGGCAUCGUUUCUCAGCAAAGACAAACUCAAAAUUUUACGAUCAGAAUUCUCUAAUUUAUCAAUCGAGGAUUUCGACCUAUUGACACGAAAAGGCGUCUUCUCGUACGAGUACGUGGAUUGCGUCGAAAAGUUACAAGAUACCCGCUUACCACCGCGAGAAUCGUUCUACAGUUCCUUAACGGGUGACACGAUAUCCGAUAGCGAUUACGCGCACGCCGAGAACAUCUGGCAGCGAUUCGCCAUUCAAACGUUAGGCGAAUACAGCGACUUGUAUUUGAAAACCGACGUGUUAUUAUUGGCCGACAUUUUUGAAAAUUUUCGCGACAGUUGUAUCACGAGUUAUGGUCUCAAUGAGGCAUAUUACUAUACGCUACCGGGCUUCACGUGGGACGCGAUGCUCAAGCAUACGCGUAUAAAUUUCGAACUGCUCACCGAUAUCGAUAUGGUUAUGUUCAUAGAACGCGGCAUACGCGGCGGCCUAAGUCAGUGUUCAAACAGGUACGCCAGUGCCAACAAUAAAUACAUGGAGUCGUACGAUCCAUCGAAACCAUCGUCGUACUUGACGUACUUUGACGUUAAUAAUUUAUACGGUUGGGCAAUGUCUCAACCUCUGCCCUAUGCAGAUUUUCAAUGGGUCGACGACGUCUCGAACUUCGACGUGAACGCUAUCGCUCCUGAUUCGUCCACCGGUUACAUUCUCGAGGUCGAUCUCGAAUAUCCACAGCAUCUGCACGAUGCGCACACUGACCUACCAUUCUGUCCGAUGCGCGAUAAGUCGCCGGGCAAGCGGCAGGACAAGUUGCUCGCAACGUUAUAUGAUAAGGAACGUUACGUGAUACACUACCGCAACCUGCAGUAG